CUUGGAUGCGGUCGCCGGCGUGGUGUGCUACGACGCCUCAGAGAGGACCUGCGCGGCAAUCCGAGCAAAUGCCAGUGGUUGGCGAGUCAGGCAGAUCCGCCAACGGAAGGAGCGGGUUACGGUGCCCUAAUUUAUUUCGCGCCGCACGGAAGGGUAAGAUGGAUUUGGCGCUUUUCCCACAAGUAAGCAUUGCUUUUUGA